GGCUUCUUGCACAAGACUGCUGGAAUAUUCAUUCAGAGAGCUGCGCUCGUGCUGGAAGUAACGCCGAUAAGAAGGUGAUGGUUGCAUGACUUCGUGCUUCACAUGGCAUUCAUGUCCAGAUUCUCUGCGAGCAGCUCAAGGUCUCCGAACAGAAAGGAUUGUGACCACAGCUCGUCAGUCCUGACUGUCUUCGAGCUCGAGCGGUUACUGUACACUGGGAAAACUGCUUGUAACCAUGCCGACGAAGUGUGGCCCAACUUGUAUCUUGGUGACCAGGAUAUCGCUGCGGACCGCCGUGAACUGGCAAAGCUGAGGAUUACUCACAUCCUGAACUGUGCCCACAGUAAGUGGAGAGGUGGGGCAGAGUAUUAUGAAGGCAUGAACAUAACCUAUCAUGGGAUUGAAGCACACGAUUCACCCACGUUUGACAUGAGUGUCAAUUUCUACCCGGCUUCGGAGUUCAUCCAUAAAGCACUGUCCAGUAGAGGACGUAUUUUGGUUCACUGUGCUGUCGGGGUGAGCAGAUCUGCCGCGCUGGUACUGGCUUACCUCAUGAUCCGCCACAACAUGACGCUGGUGGAGGCCAUCAAGACAGUGAAGGAGCAGCGCGGCAUCAUCCCCAACCGGGGCUUCCUGCGGCAGCUAUCAGGGCUCGAUGAGGUCCUGAGAGCGAGUCGCAGGACUUGAGGAGCCCGAGUCCGGGCACACUGCAAAAAACAUUACCUUGAUAUGCAAAACAAUGAUCUUGAAAAAGAAACCUCACUCAUAUUUUAAUUAUGCGCUCCUUUAGUUUUAAAAGUUUUAAACUACGAUAACUGUAGGCAGUUUUUUGAAUGCUGAAACUGCAUCUUUUUCACAGUUGUUGUUUGUUGUGGUAUAUGGUUGUUUUAAAAGCUGCUAUAAUUCAAAUAUAAUUCAAGGUUACUUUCUUAUACCUUGUAUAACAUUUUAUUUUUGUGUGGCAGAAUGCUGAUUUGACUUUUAAGGCAAUUCAGUUCAUAAAUCAAAUAAAAAAGUUUAAAUAAUUUUAAAGAUAGAAAUACACUGUACCAAGACUCACAUGUACCCUUGGACAUGUUGUAUUUGUAACCUUUGUAUUCAAAAGGGCCUUAUUUUAAAUGGGGUUUCAAUCUACUGAAGAAUAGAUCUCAAAUCAGAAAAGAAGAUAUCAAGAUAAUAUUUUUGUUGUGGGUUCCUGUCAAAGGCAGUAAAACAUGAAAAGGCAUCGCUAGCAAAUGUAGCAAUUGUAGCUUUAGAGCUGAAUAGUAACCAAUGAUUAUGUUUGUAGUUAGAGAAGUAUAACAGCUUUAUUAUUCCUACAGCUGUGAACAGUUUCAAAGUUUAAUGCAGGCACCUACUGACUAUGGAUAAUGCCUGAAGCAACUGGACAGCAUGGGGAUGAGGCAUGAAAAGCCCCCUUUCCAUUCUGAGCGUCUCACUUUGGCUACCAUGGCUCCAGUUAACUUGGUGUCUGUUUCUCCGUUUUUACUAAUGUUUCUAUCUGGACCAGAACACUGUAAAACCACAUUUCAUCACACUCAAAAAUCUAAUUGGGGCUACAGGCUAUCAACCUGCAUCUGGACUUUAAGGAGUAACUUGGUACAGGUAUGAAUAUCACAGUUAUUCUAACUGAUGUGUUCUAUUUCUUCUUCCAGUUUUAGUCAUCAUAUCUUUGUACUAACACCAGAAUGUAAUAACCCUGCAGCACUUUGCACCAACCAAAUGUACAUUUGUGGUAUUUCUUACUGAUGGUUUUUUUAGUGUUGCAGGGAGACACAUUAAUGGCAACAGUAUGGUGUAUCAGCUGAAUUUAGACAAAAGACGUGUUUGAGAGUCCUUCAGAACAGCCACCAAGAUGUGGUGAAACAGAAAAUGAUACAAAAAGUGAUUCUAAACAAGAGGAGGAAUACAUUAGUUAAGAUAACUGAUGUUUCAUACCUGUACCGGAGCUAAAGAGCAGCAGUUUACUUUGUUGUAAUGCAGACAAAAAUAAGGGGUGAAAAUGUAGUAUCAUGCAAGUCCAGAGUCUAUAGUCCAUUGCAGAUUUAGUGGAUCCGUUUCUUAAGAAAAAAAUUUCACGUCCAUUUCUAUAUAUAUCCGAAACACAAAAGAUGCACAGUCCUGCACCCUUGUGGCACUUGUUUACCUACCUGUUUACACCCUCUUCACUGCCAAUAUCUUACCAGGACCGGUGAUUGCACCUUAAAGCACCAAUAAAAACCUAUAGGAACUGAAUCAGACUGGGAACCAAAGCACACAGAUCCCAAUGGAUAAUUAGAUCUAUAGUAAGUGCCUGGUUACUGCCAUUACCUAUGCCAGGCUUCUGCAGUAGAAUUAAUCCUGGAUGCCAUUACCCAUGUUAUCUGCAUAGAUGUUGCCUUGUUCCUCUUAUUCAACCCUUUGUUGAGUAUACCCUAUUCUAUGUUCUUUUCUACUGUACAGAGCCCAUAUUAUAUUUAUCAAAGCUGUUUACUCAGACAUCUGAUAUGAGCUUGAUCACUUCUGCAUUACAAAAGGGAUCCAUCAAAAACCAAAACACAGUUGGAAAAAGUAUUGCUCCUGAGAGGCAUAGGCCUGAGUAGUGUAAUUCCAAUCAGGAUCAAUAUUUCUUUUCUACAUAUUACAGAUAUACAGUGGUGCUCAUAGGUAUUGACUGUGUAGGGAAGCUCUCAAAGUCCACACAUUUCUAAAUUAAAUAAUGGAAGCAUAGAGAGCCAUCCUUUAUGGUUUGGCAUGAACAUCUGUUUUAAAAGAUAUCUGUUACAGUAGGGUAAAGGAAUCUCCCAGUUUGCGUGCCUUGCUUUUAGGUAGUGUGUUAUACUUGGAGGAGUUUAUGUUGUCUCAGAAAUAUGUUCAUCUUUAUAGACAAUGUGGGGAAGGUAUAAAAAAAGGUGCUUGGAUAUAUUGUGAAAAGUGUGUGUGUGUG